CCCCGCGAUCGCCAACCCCGCAAUGCGAGCCUUGGUAACUACCAGAGUUCUCUUCUUUGCAGCAUUAUUUUGAAAUUUGACGAGACCUUAAACUUUAUUGCGAAAUAGAGGAGUUCAUAUACAACUACUAAUAGAUCUCACCUCUUGCUUGCGGCACCUCCCCCGGAACCAAGAUCAUGCCCCUCGUCGUCCCCGACAUCAACGCCAUUGCGGCAACCCACGCUCGCGAUGCAAUCCCUCCUGAGGCUCUUCUCCCUAUCUUGACAAGCUCCCCUUUCAUCCCAUCGCGGUCUUUAUUCAACAUGCGCGAUGUCGGCGCUGUGGAAGGCUGCUCCAUCCCCCCAGGAAGAAUAUAUCGAUGCGGCGCUCUCGACCAUGCUGCUAAGGACCCCGAAGCUCUUGCAUGGCUCGGAGCCAACUUGAAGACUAUCUUCGAUCUCCGUAAGGCCGGUCCUGAGAGAGACACGGCCCCCGACCCCGUUGUCCCUGGAGUUGAAAAUGUCUGGCUUCCCUCGCUGGGCGACUAUCCUACACCAGACCUUGCCGCUUUCGCAGAGAAUGGUGGGCGCGACGCCUGGAAAUCCCAGUACGUCAACAUCGCUCGCGUCUAUGCGCCAAUGUAUAAGGCUGUUCUUGAACACAUUCGUGACCGACCGACCGAACCAUUCCUAUUUCACUGCACAGCUGGCCGCGAUCGAACUGGUGUCCUUGCCGGUCUCAUCCACUACCUAGCAGGUACUUCAGAAGAGGAUACAGUCAAGGAUUACAUGCUCUCCCGUAUUGGCAUCGAGCCCGCUCGCGACAAGCUCAUGCAAUAUGCUAUGCACAGCGUGGGCACUACUGACCCAGAAACACCCGGAUUUUACAACCUUGUCAACCUCAAACCUGAAUAUUGGGCGGCGUUUUUGGAGGGCCUCAACGAUGAGUAUGGUGGUUGGGACGGCUACAUCUCCAAGGGCCUUGGCUUCUCUGAAGCUGACGUUGCAGAAAUAAAGAAGAACUUGCGCCAAUGACGUAGAAAAAAAGACGCCAUAGAUUUUGAUAGACAAAUACACAUGACCCAUUCACAGUGCAAUAAAAUGCAGGAGCUUUCUGGAAGGUGGUGUUGUCCUUCACUCAUUACAUCAUCGUGCUCAUCGCAACUCGUAACGUUCCUAUGCG